GGCGGGACAAAAUGGAAAUCAUUGCAAUGCGCUGCUACUGCGAUAUAACUAGCUAGCUAAAGAUGGCCAUUAUGUGACCUGUACGGCCCACAAACAACGAGGACGGGGUCUGAAGGAGUUACUCAAGUUGCUUGUAAGAUGGGAUACCAAGAGAAUACCUCGAGGAUUUAAUUAGAUUUCGAUAGGUUGUCAUGCGGUGUUGGAUUUCCCUCUGUUGGUUGGGCUAGGCCGUUGAAACCUCGGUCUGGAUUAUUCUCGCUAGCCCGAGAGGACAUCUGCAACUCUGCAAAGUCGGAUGAAGCCCGUGUAGCGACAUAACGUGUCGAUAUGCAUUUAGUUUUAUACUUUUGAUUUUAUUUAGAAAGGUUGUCUCGCGGUGGAAGACUUCACUGACUGACUUACUGGCUGGAGUCGACGAAAGGCCGCAGAACCCCCGGGCUGGAUUUAUUGUGCUAGCCCAGUAGGACAUUGGUUGGAAAGUCGCUAUAACCAGUUUAGCCACGUUUAACCGUGGACCAUACUAAAAUUACUUGGGUAAAUCUGUUUGUUUCCUUCAUACAAGUGAGUAUAGUAUUUUAGGUGAUUAAAAGUUCCCCGAAGUUGCAAGCUCGCUAGCGCAAUGAAUGAAUGAGCGAGAUUGGGGGACGUUUUUAACCACUGGCUUCCUUUUUACGGAGUAAGUAGUCAUUUUCAUCCAUCUCAUCGGCCUACGAGUAACUGAACUUGUUGGCUCCUGCUGCUUCCCCCGCUAAUGGCCGAGGGAAAUGCCGUCGCUGGGAGUUGGCGGACGGCGUCCGUUUAGCAUGAUGAGCUAACUGGAAUGCUGACACUGAGCCCCGGUGUGUAGAGCUGCGAAGGGUUGCCAGCAUUUGGACCAUUUUGGGACACUGAGCGCACACAGCCUCCCGGCGGGCCUCCGGCAUGGGAAACACUGUGUCAUGCUGCGUCUCCCCGGAGUCCAGCCCCAAGCUGCCGUCCAGGCAGCCGGCCGAGCGGCUGGAGGAAUUCCUCACCAGCACGGAAGUCAGCGACGACAACAGCGCCCCAUACCUGCAGCACAUCAGCGACAGAGAAGUCCCAGACGAGCUGGCCUUGGAGUCCAACCCGUCAGACCACGCCCGAGCCAGCACAAUCUUCCUUAGCAAGUCCCAGACCGACGUGCGUGACCGGAGGAAAAGUAACCACAUCAACCAUGUCAGUCAUGUGUCUCCCGGGCCGCUGUCCAAGAAGUAUAGUUCAUGCUCCACCAUCUUCAUCGACGACAGCACCGUCAGCCAGCCCAACCUCAAAAGCACAAUCAAAUGUGUCACUUUAGCAAUCUACUACCACAUCAAGAACAGGGAUUCGGACCGCUCUCUGGACAUCUUUGAUGAGAAGCUGCAUCCUUUAUCAAGAGAGGCGGUGCCGGAUGACUACUCCUGCACGGACCCCGAGCACAAAAUCAUCUAUCGCUUUGUCAGGACACUCUUCAGUGCUGCACAACUCACUGCCGAAUGUGCCAUCGUCACACUUGUGUACCUGGAGCGCCUGCUGACGUACGCCGAACUGGACAUUUGCCCGUCCAACUGGAAGCGCAUUGUGCUGGGUGCCAUCCUGUUGUCCUCCAAAGUGUGGGACGACCAGGCUGUGUGGAACGUAGACUACUGCCAGAUCCUCAGGGACAUCACCGUCGAGGACAUGAACGAGAUGGAGCGCCACUUCCUGGAACUGCUGCAGUUCAACAUCAACGUACCGGCCAGCGUCUACGCCAAAUACUACUUCGACCUGAGGCAGCUGGCCGACGACAACAACCUCAGCUUCCCGCUCGAGCCGCUCAACAACCAGCGGGCACACAAGCUCGAGGCUAUUUCGAGGCUGUGCGAAGACAAAUACAAAGACCUGAGUCGAGCUGCAAUGAGGCGUUCGCUCAGCGCUGACAACCUCGUCGGCAUCCGCCGCUCCAACGCCGUCCUCUCGUAAGGCCGCCGCACCCUCCCUGCAGCCAACUCCUGUUUAACACUUGUAUUUUUCUACCUUGUAUUCAUGCGCAGCUCACUCUGGUCACAAGAGCGCAUCUCUUAUGCCAUAUAGUCAUUAUGAAACUGCAUUUUUGUUGGGGGGGGGUUGUGAAUUUAAAAUACGCCGUACGGUGACUAACAGAUUCUUCCCAAUUCCACAACAUGGAAGACUACGAUCGAUCUUACAAUUAAACAGUUCAGUCAUUAUUGUGACCCCCCCCACCACCACCACCACCACCACACCCCACCCCUUUCUGCUCCCUAUCUACUGAACUAACUACGACAGCAAAUCCAUGUAGAGCUACUGAAGGGACUCAACAGAGAAAAUGAAAAAAAAAAAGUUGGUUUUGCUUACUAUGUAGGCUACUAGCUGUGAAAUGUGUUUUUGUUUUUAAAUGGAAAAGCCAUUUGCAGAUGGACUAUUUUAAAAUAAACACUAAUCAUGUCUA